CUUGGGCUCGGGGAUGAGUUUGGUGGGGGGCUUCCCCCACCACCCCGUGGUGCACCAUGAGGGCUACCCCUUCGCCGCCGCCGCGGCCGCCGCCGCCGCCAGCCGCUGCGGCCACGAAGAGAACCCCUACUUCCACGGCUGGCUCAUCAGCAGCCACCCGGAGAUGUCGCCCCCCGACUACAGCAUGGCCCUGUCCUACAGCCCCGAGUACGCCAGCGGCGCGCCGGGCAUCGACCACUCCCACUACGGCGGGGGGCCGCAGGGCAGCGGGCCGCCCGGGCUCGGGGGGCCGCGGCCGGUGAAGCGCCGGGGCACGGCAAACCGCAAGGAGAGGCGUAGGACUCAGAGCAUCAACAGCGCCUUCGCCGAGCUGCGGGAGUGCAUCCCCAACGUGCCCGCCGACACCAAGCUGUCCAAGAUCAAAACCCUCCGCCUGGCCACCAGCUACAUCGCCUACCUCAUGGACCUGCUAGCCAAGGACGAUCAGAACGGGGAGGCGGAGGCCUUCAAGGCAGAGAUCAAGAAGACAGACGUGAAGGAGGAGAAGAGGAAGAAAGAGCUGAAUGAAAUAUUGAAAAGCACAGUUAGCAGCAACGAUAAGAAAACCAAAGGGAGGACUGGCUGGCCGCAACAUGUCUGGGCUUUGGAGCUCAAGCAGUGAGCGCUGCAAGACUGAAGGACUCAAGGAAAUCUCCUAGACUCAUUAGAGAGAUUUGAUCUGAGGACUUUUUGUAUUUGGAAUCAUCCAGUUUAUUUAUGUGCAAUUUCUCCCCCACCCCCCAAAAUGUGGAUAUUCGAAGAAAAGCAUUCCAUAUUUUAAUAUGAAGAGGAAACUCCAGCUUGGUAAGGGGUAAUGUCGUCUCGAUAGUUUCGUGAAUGUUACUUCUCUGUUUGUAUAGAACACACGGGAAAAAUAGAAAAGAAAGGGAGGAAAAGACUCCCUGGCAUUAGUGUGUAUGUGAAGUGUAUCUUUAAUACUUGGCCUUUUGGAUAUAAAUAUUCAUGGGAUUAUAAAAUUAUAUUUCAACAGAAACAGUUGCACCAAUGUUUCAGUUGGCUUGGUAUUUACUAUGGUAAUUUUGUUGUGGUCGUUCAGUAUUUGAAAAUGUUUUCAGCAGCUAUUUGUUAUGUGCACUUCCGUCGUUAAGGGCGAAAAAAGUGGAGUUUAAUUAAUAUUGAAGGUGUAAACGUUGUAAGUAUUCAAUAAACCACUGUGUGUGUUUUUUACAAAAAAAAUCUUUUUAUGUUUUAUACCUCAAAUGUUUUUAAAUAACAACGUUGUUAUAGUUUUCAUAAUAUUUAAGAUAUUCGGAAGUAAACUAAAUU